AUGGUUGACCCGCUGUUAUCAUUCAGAAACCCCAUGGUUUGGAUGGUCCUGGCAAUCUACGCAAAGCUGAGGGGCCUAACAAGGGUCUUCAUCCCAAUGGCCUUCAGAUUGCCGUAUCCUGGCCAAUCAGCGCGCAGCAGAGACCACUCCAGGGAAAGGCCAAAGAUUGGCCCCUUUCGCACUCGACGCCGGAUACGGAGUGAAGCUCCGUGCCUUGCCUUGCUGCUAGGACCGCUAGGACUCAUUCAUCCUGUCCUGAGAAGGAUGCGUGUUGGGCUGCCAGCUAAGUCCCAGGCUUCCGCACUACAGGGCACGCCGGACGGCCCAAGCGUUUUCUUCUUUUUACGACGCAGCAAACCAUAUGGCCUUGUCGGUUCUGUUGAUGGUGCUGGGGAGAGCAUGGGGGUUGACGCCCCCCAAAAAGUGUCAGUCACUGCCGGCGAGAUGAUCUGCCUAACUUUCAAAGUAUCGAAAGUGGCCGUCGACUAUCUAUCCUGGCGGGCUAGAUGUCGAGCACUCAUUGGUCCAUGA